UUUGCAAAUAAGAGCUAACAAGGAACUUGUCGCGUGUCAAUUAUCUUGUGUGUUGAUAUUUUUCAAGUGGUCGUCAGCUCUUUCAUACUGACCAGCCCACAAUGACAAACGAGGGGAAAAGCAAGCCGCAGUUUUAUAUCUGCAGCUGCUUCACGACGGACAACAUUUUCCUCGAGGACUACAAGCUUCACGUUCGCUUUGUGACAGAGGAGCAGUUCAGACGAGACUAUGAAGCUCAACUGAAGAGGCUUGGCUGCGUUACGGAGCAACAAUUUGGGGAUAUCCUUAACAAGAUUUCCCAGGAAGUGGACAGGCGAAUGCGUCUUGCAGUGACAUCUGUUGACAGAGCUGCUGUCAUAAAAAACGCAUAUCGGCCUCUUCAUCCUCACGUCUACCAUCUGCAGGAGACGUUUCUUGCGGCUGAGUUCAAGCACAUAGUCGAGUAUUGUCAAAGUCGCGAUGUCGCACUCAGAAGUCUUUCUGAUUUGUUGGAAGAAGAAACGGCGCCCAGGGUUUAUCGCUUCCCAGUGUUCAACAAGAGCUUCUGCCAGGAUCUGAUGGACGAGCUGGACAACUUUGAGCGUUCUGCAGCACCUAAAGGUCGACCCAACACCAUGAACAAAUAUGGGAUCCUCCUAAAUGAACUUGGCUUUGAUGAGGGCUUUGUUACACCUCUUCGUGAGCAGUACCUACAGCCACUCACCUCCUUGCUCUACCCAGAUUGUGGAGGGCACUGUCUGGACAGUCACAAAGCCUUUGUUGUCAAAUACGACAUAAAUGAAGACCUGGACCUCAGCUACCACUACGAUAACGCAGAGGUCACACUUAAUGUCUCCCUGGGCAGGGACUUCACAGAGGGAAACCUUUACUUUGGCGAUAUGAGACAGGUGGCUCUCAGUGAGACUGAAUGUUCAGAGAUCAAACACAGAGCGUGCGAGGGCAUUCUUCACCGGGGCCAGCACAUGCAUGGGGCCCUGCCUAUAUCCUCCGGCCAGCGAUGGAACCUCAUCAUUUGGAUGAGAUCCUCUCAGGAGCGCAACAGACUUUGUCCCAUGUGCAACAGGAGGCCAGUACUGGUGGAAGGGGAAGGCUUCGCUGACGGAUUCACCAGACCCUCCACUGCGCUGCUCGCCGACCUCUGUGCACUCACCUGACAUAUGCUGAAGCAACACACGUGAUGGGCAGUGUGUCCAUCCAAUUGUUGACAUGAGGCAUUUUUUCAUAAGGUACCACGAAGAUCCACUCGCGUUGAUUCAAAUGGGUAGUAAAGUUGAUGCGCCAUUUCAAGGCUAAAUAUGGAUAAUUAGCGCUUUUCUGAUUGCUUCGGGAUCCAGGACUCUUAAGUGCUGUGAAAUAGUGAACAUUUAACCAUUUUUAUGUCAGAUGAUGAGGCACUGGCACUGGUCAUGCAUGGACUGAACUCUAAUAUUGAUCACCAUAAUUUAUAUUUAAAAUCGAAACUGAUUAAAUGUGUGGUUUGAAAGAGUCAAUAGUUUUUUUCUUGAUUUGAUUCAAUGCACUUUUCGUACUAGAGUGGCUCCAACUACCAGAGACAAAUUCCUUGUGUGUUUUUUUGGACAUACUUGGAAAAUAAAGAUGAUUCUGAUUUUAGUCCUGUCAUUUGAUAUGUUAUGACAUCUUUCUGACUAUAUUCCUUUCAUGUUAAGAAUGUAAUCAGAACACUAUUAUCUUGCCACCUACAGGGAGAGCAAUGUAGUUGCACCUGCUUAUCCCUAAAAGUCGACUACACACACCACUGACUGACGCUUCAGAACAUUUUCUCCAGUACUUCUGACU